UGGAGUGAUUGGAGGCAAGCUUUAUUUCAGUUGAGGAGGUGUUUGUUGGGAAGCUUUAGAGGAGCUCGUCUCCAGCCUGAACUUGGUCAUGGAGUCGACAAGAGUGGCCAUCUUGGCUCUCUCUCUGCUGGUGGUGUUCGGAUCAUCCAGUGCCAAAGUUGAGGAAGAGAACCCAGAGUUCUGGAGGUCACAGGCACGGAAGACAUUGCAGUCGACUUUGGACAGAAAACUCAACACCAAUGUUGCCAAGAACAUCCUGCUCUUCCUUGGAGAUGGCAUGGGAAUCACAACCUACACAGCGGCUUGGAUCCUCAAGGGACAGCUGCAGAACCAGACAGGAGAGGAGACAGUGAUGACCAUGGACACCUUCCCCAACGUGGGAUUGGCUAAAACCUACAGUGUGGACUUCCAGAUCCCAGACAGUGCAGCCACAGCCACAGCGUAUCUAUGUGGAGUGAAAACCAACCUGAACACCAUCGGCGUGAGCGCAGCGGCUCGCAACGGAGUCUGCAAGACUCAGAAGGGCAACGAGGUCACGUCCAUUCUGAAGUGGGCCAAAGAUGCUGGAAAGUCUGUUGGGAUUGUAACAACCACACGGGUGCAGCAUGCUACUCCAGCAACCAGCUACGCCCACAGUGCGAGCAGGAAGUGGUACAGCGACGCCGACAUGCCUGAUGCUGCCAAGAGGGACGGCUGCACAGACAUCUCCUCUCAGCUCCUCAAUAACACAGACAUAGAUGUGAUCAUUGGUGGUGGCAGAAAGUACAUGACCCCCAGGGGCACCAAGGACCCAGAGUACCCCAGGGAUUACUCCUCUAGGGGCAAAAGAAAAGAUGGACGCAAUCUCAUCAAUGAGUGGCAGAGGUUGAAAAUUGGAAAGGUAGCUCGCUACGUGUGGAAUAAAACCGAUUUUGAUGCCGUUGACCCUGAAACCACAGACUACCUCAUGGCUCUGUUUGAACCUGGUGAUCUGCGCUUUGAGGCGGACAGGGACCCGAGCAUGGACCCUUCCAUUGUUGAGACCACAGAAAAGGCCAUCCGCAUCCUCCAGAAAAAUCCUAAAGGUUUCUUCCUGCUAGUGGAGGGUGGCCGUAUCGACCAGGCUCACCAUGAUGGUCGGGCAUACAUGGCCCUCCACGAGACGGUUGCUUUUGACUACGCCAUUGCCAAGGGCCUUGAACUCACCAAAGAGCAUGAAACUCUCACUAUAGUGACGGCAGACCACUCCCACCCUGUUUCCCUCAAUGGCUUCCCAUUUCGAGGGCAAAGCAUUCUGGGUAAAUCACCACUGUGGGGUACAGACAUGCUGCCUUACACCACGCUGAUGUACGGCAAUGGACCCGGACACAAAAUCACCAAUGGCAAACGCCCUGAUCUCCGCAAUGUCAACACCAAAACUAAAGACUACGUCCAGCUGUCUGCAGUGCCCACAGAGUCGACCACCCACAGUGGAGAGGAUGUGGCAGUGCUUGCUCGUGGACCCAUGGCCCACCUCUUCCAGGGUGUCCAAGAGCAGAACUACAUUGCCCACGCCAUGGCCUAUGCUGCCUGUGUGGGGGCUGACAUGAGGCACUGCCAGGGGCAAACUCAGCCACCUGUAGUUCACACCACCUUCACCGGUGAUAAGAACGGGAAUGGGGGAACUCAUGGCUCAGUGACUCUACUCAUGAGCCUCCUCAGCGCACUCUUGGCAAUUACACUGCUGAUGUAGGAUCCCUUUCCUUAGUGAAUCCUAUUGAUCUCAUUCCACAUGCGACAUUAAAGAGAUCAGAGGUCAGGGUCACAGAGGAGUGGGCAGGGGUUCAGAGGUUGGAUAGAAUCAUUAAUGUUAGUGUCCAUUCUCUAACUGAUGAAGGAAGAUGGGCACAAACAUUAUACAGAUAAUAACUACUGAAUGUACAUUUGCCUUAUUUAAACUUUAACAGCUUAUUGAAUCCCUGUGUUAUAACAAUAAAGCUGUCCUUGACUAGAGAGUUGGUUUGUUGCUUUAUUAAUUUGAAUAUAAAACAAUGUAUAUGUCAUGUAUUGCUUUCAGCUUUGUAACAAUGUAUUUUUCAACCAAUCAAAUGGGUAUUUGAUGGUUUCUUUGGCAUAAGACGUAGAAGAAACCAUAAAGGAACUGACCCUUCAAUUUAUCUGAGAGAUUUUAUGUUUCCAAAUUGGCCAAUUUCCAUUUUCUGCUUCAGGUUUCAUGUUGAAAAAUGAAAUAAAUAGAGCUGUCAUGGAGCUCUCAUCCCCUAGCACAUUUAAAGGAAUAGUUCUGUAUUUUGGGAAGUGUGCAAAUUAGUUUUGUUGCUGAGAGUUGGUGGUUUACACCAUGCUCAUAUCUGAUUGCUAUGUAUGGAGCUAGCACUGGUCUUGUCAUGGUGAUGGAAGUUGUCAUUAAAUAUUCUGAGCAUUUUCA